GACUCCGGGAGGAGCGGACAGUCUGUGCUUCAAGCAGGACAAAACAGAGACUGAAGGAAACACUGCACACGUCCCUCAGUGAUGACCAUCGACCCAAACUGACCUUCAGACUGUUUGCUGGACACACAGAUGAAGAUUUCAGUCUUUAUCAACCUUUUCACUUAAACAUGGCAUCGAAUUUACACGAGACUUUUCUCCCGUGACUUCUGCUCGCCUUUGAUUCGUUCUGACGGAGACAAAAUAAACAUUUCCUCGUCGAGUCUUUUAGUCUCCAAAGAAAGAUGCAAAUCUCUGCUUGGUGUUCACUAUAAUUGUACUGCCUUAAACAACUUCACUCAUCCAGCUUUGACCAAAAUGUAAGAGAAGAAAACACAAGAGCGAGGCGCUUCUGGAGGCGCACAGUCGCAGAGCGAUCAGGUUGAGUCUAUAAGGUUCUCAUGUCCUGUUUAAGAAAGCAGCGUCGCGCGCAAGUCUAUCAUUCCUGAAUAAAGCGUUUGAACCACUGUAGAUCUAUUACUAAAGAUGGCAGAAACCGCCCCAGCUGCAUCCGCCCCGCCGGCCAAAGCGCCCAAGAAGAAGUCCGCCGCUAAAGCCAAGAAAGCAGGUCCAGCCGUCGGUGAUCUGAUCGUUAAAGCCGUGUCCGCAUCCAAGGAGAGGAGCGGCGUGUCUCUCGCUGCUCUGAAGAAAGCUCUCGCCGCCGGCGGCUACGACGUGGAGAAGAGAAACUCCCGCAUCAAGCUCGCCAUCAAGAGCCUGGUGACUAAAGGCAUCCUGCUGCAGGUCAAAGGAACCGGCGCCUCGGGAUCCUUCAAGAUCAGCAAGAAGGAGACCGAGACCAAGAAGAAGCCGGCGAAGAACGCGGCUCCUAAAGCCAAGAAGCCCGCGGCCAAGAAACCCGCUGCUGCCAAGAAGCCCAAGAGCGCAGCGGCAAAGAAGCCCGCCGCUAAGAAAUCCCCCAAGAAGGCCAAGAAACCCGCUGCCGCCGCCAAGAAGGCCACGAAGAGCCCCAAGAAGGCGAAGAAGCCCGCGGCGCCCAAGAAAGCAGCCAAGAGCCCCAAAAAGACCAAGGCCGCCAAACCCAAGACAGCAAAGCCUAAAGCUGCCAAGCCUAAAAAGGCAGCUCCCAAGAAGAAGUAAAAACCUGCUGUUUUAUUCCCCAACGGCUCUUUUCAGAGCCACCCACAAACUAAAGAAAGAGCAGUUUACUUAGUGGAAUUAAGGCUAGGUUAAGAAAUUUACCUAAUUUGUGCCCCCGUUUUACUUGAAAAACAACUCCUUAAUUCUUCUCCACAAAAUAAGUAAAUAAAUAAACCACCCCACACCAUGCAACAUGAAGCUCAACAUCUCUUCUAUUGUCCUAACCAUUAUUUUGUUUGAUUAGACCCACAAGUUCAGUGUCAGAAAAUAAAUAAAUAAAUCAGUUUUUAGAUACUUUCACAAAAAGAGUAUCUAACAUGAACUAAUCAUAUGAGCAGCACACAUGAAAGUGUGAAGGAGUGCUAGUCAGAUUGUAAGAGCAGACUGAUGGAGCGAAGAAGUGUCUCCAGUCAUUGUGUUCUUGUUCAUGAGUUUCUCUUUGUGUCGGAAAUGAGUCGACUGCUUUGUUCUACAGUGUCAUUACUUGUUCAGGUAAAUCAAUAUAUGUUGGCGUGAAUGUUGUCUGUUGACGUCAUCUUAAUGUCGUCCAGCAGGAUUUUUCUGUGGGUUAAUAACUGUAACACUAAAUACUGACGCAUUAUAAUAAAUCCUUUAAAACUUA